AAAUGAAGAACUGUCUGGAAUUGGAUUGCAUUAAAAAAGAAAAAGUGCGCCCUUUAGUGUUUUUAAAAACAUAAAUACUUACGUAAUGUGUGUUUGGUUUUGUUUACAGUGUUUUGAGUGAGUGUGUUCGUUGAUAGUUGAAGUAGGUACAAACCUAUACUAGGUUUUUGCCGCUGAUCAUCAUGACUAGUAACGAGUCAAAACUGUAAACAAUCAAAAUCUUCCAUUUACAAACUGCUAUAAGUGUGAAAGAGAUAGCCAAUUGAAGUGCUGGUGCGUGUGAGCAGGACAGCAUGCCUGAUACGUUCCUGACCACAGGAGUGAGCCUGGGGCUGUUGGCUGGAGUAGUGUCUGGUGUAUGCUACCUCGUCGCGAAUGGAUUGGCUUGGCCUCGACACGAUCAGAAGAAGAAGCGAUGUAUACCAUCCACGCAGCACGAGGGCGUGUGUCUUAGCUGCGGUGGAGACUCACGGGGCGGCAUCAUACCCUGCAUCUGUACUGGACAUCAAGCCGUGAAGUUCGAGUCUGGCUUCUGGUUCUUGCGUCAGGUGCAACGAGCAGUCAGCCUCAUGCCCUGGAGCCUCAGCACCGACAAGCUGGAGCUGAUCGAAGAAGAGGAAUGCGACAGCCCGGAUAGCCCAGGGUCGAGCGAGGGCCCCCGCGAGCUGCGCAACGUGCGCGAGUUCCUCGAGGCCCUCUCCGCCAAGCUGGCCGGGGGGGCCCUCGAGGGAACCCGUGUGGCCCCCCUCUACCAUCACCCUGCUUAUUUAUCGCCGCGCGACCCAUCUCAGCCCAGCUCCUCACAUGCGCAUGCGUCUAGCGGCGCGAGCGGCGCACACGCUCAACUCAAGCGGUUGGUAGCGCGCGUGGUAGAAGAAGCUGCAGCGUUACCGGCGCUUGCGCGGUACGCGGCUGAACCUACCACCCCCACCAUCGAGACGUCUACGUAUGAAGAUCUGUUGGCUACUGCAAUUUUGAACAAGGUCAUAGAACGAUACCAGACAGAGAAUGGUUCAGGAGGCAGAAGCAGCGGCAUCCAUUCAGCGAGUGCCAGCCCUACCCCUUCGGAGAGGUCCUCACCCCGCUCCCUGAACUCCAGAGCCAGGGAUAUAUCGCCACCUCUUCGAGAAGAAGAUGAGUUAUCAGACUGGGAGGAGGGCGAGGCGACAGCUUCAGAUGAUGCGCUCGAGUUGCCUCGCCGCGUGCCCUUUCCAGAGUUCGGCGGUGACAUAGUUCAUGCUACAGACAACGAUGACCGUGAUUUCGACGAAGUAUCCGGCAGUGAUAUCCAAGCAGUCGACGGAUCGUGGGAAGAGAACUGGCUGUUCCAAAAAAAAAAGAUAAAGACCAUCCAGUCAGUGCCCGUGCCUAUGCUGGUGCCCAACUCAAACACCGAAUACAGAGCCCUGAUCGGUGACAGAGACGCCGACGACACCACAGACCUCUCAGACAACGCUAGCGAAGGCGAUGAAGAAGCUGAAUACAAAAGCGACAUCAAAAGAGUACUAGAUUCCAAACACGUGAUUGGUGGUAAACCUAAAAUAGACGAACUACUCGACUUCGAACCGGACAGCCUAAACAUGGUUGAUGCAGGCGAUGAGUUCGAAAUAUGUGAUAACGAACAGGAUAAAGAUGUUGUUGAUGCUGUUAAUAAUGAAAUCAACGACGAUACUGCCAAACCAGACAAUCACGACAAACAAGAUGAAGACAAAGACUCCGUUCUAGUAUUAGGAAUGGACAGCGGGCCACUGACAAAAGCAGAAUUUGCAUUGAAAGAAGAAAUACAUAGAACAUUGCUGAAUGGUACCGCGGAAGACUUCGCAGCACAGCUCGAAGCUAAAAUAAACGGUGAAGAACAGGAUGAGCUUGAUAAAAUGCACAAAGGGUCUAUGGGCACGCUCAGUCGCCACGAGCGAGAGGGUGAGUACGAAGAAACUGUGACCAAACCCGUCCAAAGAUACGCCGACAGCCUCAGGAGGAAACAUUUUGAAGACGAACCGCAACACAUACCCACACGAGAUACAGACAAAGAAGAUGAUUUGAUACCAGGUUCUAUUGCGUAUAGAGAACGUAAAAAAUGGUUGAACUACGUUGAAAUGCCAAACAACCCCUAUUCUCCUGAAGCAAUACAAAAGAGACUUUCAGCUAAAAGCACUUCCUCACUCUUCGACAUGCUGACCAAGCCAAAAGACUUAGAUGAUGACGACAGAAGCAUCAAAUCUGAAAAUAUUAAUGGAAAGGAAAGUCUUAAAGAGCACGACUUGCUCGAAAAAGAUGAACGUAAUCUACAGUUAGAGAAGUUAAACACGGAAGGUAUCAUUAUGAAUGGAAACAGACCGAAAAGUCCAUCUCCAAGAAUUCUGAAAGAUGUACUAGCGGAAGAGGUACCACAAUACAAACGCUAUGGCCGGGACUAUUAUAUUAGAGAAGCGAAGGUCUCUGCGGGUGGUCGCAGAAAGAGAGAGGAGCUGAGCGAGACGAGUUCACUGUCGUCAAUGAACAAGUCGACCAGUUUAGACAAUUUCGAUACAGAGUUCGCCUCGCCUGUAAGUGCCAGCAGUUCGUUGAGCGAUCUCGAGGCGUCCGCCCUUCACCAGAACAUCGUCCGCGCCGUCCUCAGCCCCAGAAAUGCGAGCCCCAACUUCGCUAUAAACCCUAUUUUUGAAAACCCAGACAGACAAAACGAUAACGCUGACGAAAAUCAUGCGACAGACGCUAACGUCAGUCGAACUAACGCCAACGGAUUACUAAUAAAGCAAUUCAACACAAUUGCCUCAAAUCAGCAUUACACGAAGUUUGCUCCGAAUCAACAAAUGUCAGAAUCAAUAACUACACUUCCUAACAACAAGACAGAGAUUAUGAUUGAGUACGAUGAUGUAAACGAACAAACACUAUUCAAUGCUAAACCGGCCUACGUAGAAGACGACACAGACAGAAAAUUCGAAGAAAUUUUGGAAUCAGCGUACAAUGUCGAAACGGAUAAAGAUGAACCAAAAUCACCGAUGGCUCCCAGCAUAGACAACUCUUACGUAAGCUCUAGCAGUUUGGAAGACUCAAUUAAAAUCUACAAUGUGCAAACCGGCGAGAUAGUGAAAAGUAAACCAGAUAACGUAUCGCCCAGAUAUGAAGAGGUUGAGGGAAAUGACAACAUCGAUACCGCUGAUAAGAAUAUCUUAGAAGACAGAGUCAGUGAGGAAAGCGAUGUGGACGACGAAUCAUUCGAAAUUGUUGACAGGGACAGUUUGAGAGAAGAGAAAUUAGACAGGAUUAGUGAAAUCGACGAGAUACUCCCGCAGUUGCCCAACGUGAAAGAAUUGGCUAAAAAGUUUGUCAGCAUGGAAAACCUCACUGAAACUACUAAGCCCCAGCAGAUCAUAAGGCGCUUGAGAAGUAAAGAAAAUAUUUUCGAUCCUAAAGCGGACAAACAGAAACAAUACAUGCACAGUCUAACCGCGCGAAGUAUAUCCAGAGAAUUCCGGGAAGAACUCAAACUAUCCAUGGCGACACCUUUGAAGGUCCCUGGUGGCUCCAAAGAGAUCCCUGAAGGUGAAGAGGUUACCAAAGAAUCCAGCAGGCCUGGGAGUCCAUUGCCAGAACCAGGAACUAUCAAGACAAAGUUAGCAUUCUUCGAAAGUUUGAAAUCAAAGUUCAGUAGUAAAUAGUGUUGGCUAUAAAGUCGGCUGUCCUGUGAUGUGUUUGAAAAUCUGAUUGUACAUCAAAGCUCAUGUAAUGUAGGUUUAGAUUUUGACGUUGGAGAUUUUGAAAAUUAAGGCCAUAUGAGCAAGCCAUGUUACUGGCAAGAAACUGUCAUAUCUGUCUAUUCAAGUACUAAUGAGAAACAUUCCAGGCUACGUUCCAACAAGAUAGAUGGCGCUGUACAGAUUUAAUUAUCUAUUUCCUCAUUACUCGCUGUACAUAACAUACAUAACAUAAACAGCCUAAACACGUCCCACUGCUGGGCACAGGCCUCCCCUCAAUUAACCGGAGAGGGUAUGGAGCAUACUCCACCACGCUGCUCCAAUGGUUGGUGGAGGUGUUUUUACGGCUAAUAGCCGGGACCAACGGCUUAACGUGCCCUCCGAAGCACGAAAUCAUCUUACUUUUUCGAACAAUCAGGUGAUUCAAGCCUGUAGUCCUUACCAAACAAAGGACAGUCUCACAAAGUGAUUUCGACAAUGUCCCAAUCGGGAAUCGAACCCGGACUUCCAGAUCGUGAGCCUAACGCUCUAACCACUAGACCACGGAGGCUGUUGUGUUACUCGCUGUACAUAAUCAUUCAAAAAUACAAUUAUAAUGGCAGAAACAUACAUAAAAAUAAUUGUUAUAUUUUGCUACCAAUAUAGCUUCUCUUAAAUUUGAUCAGUUUAAUGACGGGUGGAAAAUGUAAUUAAGCCUAGGUGUAAUAAGGGUCAUCAUUUAUACCCAAAAACAAAGAUAUGAGAUGCAUAUAUCUGUUAUCCAUGAAAUUAGAAGGUUAAACAAAGGAAAAUCUGUACAGCGCCAUCUAUACUGUUCUUUGACGAACGUAGCCUGGAAAGUCGAUCAUUAUACGAACAAACGAAGGUGGUCACAUUGUUCUUAAGCUUUAUUAGUGUCACAGCAUGAUUUUCUGUUCAUAGCGUUAUAAUUAUAAUUUAUUCCCGUAGUCCGACUACUACUUGUUUAGAUUUGUAAACAAGUGAAGUAGUUUUAGUACUAUAUAAAGAGUAGGAUACAAGACUAAGUAGGCAUACAAUAAUACUAGUAAUAGCAUACUAGUAUAAGCAUACAAUAAUAAUACUAGAGAACAUAACACCUUGAAAUAUAAAAAAUUGAGAAGGGUAGAUUCGUGUACUUAUUAUUUGUAAUUGUGAUAUUGGUUGUACACGCAGGUUGAUUUUUCUCCUUUGAUUAAUACUUGGAUAAUUUAAGGAUGUUUAAAUAAUCAUAUCGAUUCCUUAACACGUUCAUUGUGUAACUGAAAAUUAGAUGUCAACCCCUCACGUGCAAUGUUAGUUUACACAAAAAAAAAACAAAUUGAAAAACUUCGCGUCGAAUUUUUUUAAGUUUCCGUCAUGCCCCACAUAUUGGCCAUGCACGUAUGAGCUACAAAUUUUAUGCCUCAUAUGUGGUUCAUACACAGCGAACGUGUUAAACAUUUCGUCUAUUAUCGAUGCAUAAUAUAAGUUUAUUAUGGGCGGUCACGUAACGUAAUGAAAUAUUUAUAUUAAUUAGGUAAAGGUGUAAAUAUUUAGUGCCAUUUUUGUAAACUAUAUUAUAUGUAUAUGCUAUUUCUUUAGCUAAUGCCAAAGUUGUAAAUAAAAAAAAUACUGGGUAAAUGCCUCUAGUGGUUGUGUCCAUAAUAAUUUAGCUGUACUUUUAGACAGAUUAGUCAUAUUGUCAUAGGAAGUGCAAUAAAUAAAUAUAAUACUUACAUUUUUCUGUUUACAUAAAGCCCUCCAAUUCGGCAAUGUGAUACCUAUUUCAAAGUACCUAAACUAAAUUAUGUUGAGUCUGUAAUUAUGUGGGAUAACUUGGCAUUUUCACUGCCAGGCCCUCUCACGGAAAACGAAACAUUUAAUUAUGUUGAUUAAAUAAUAAAUAAAGGUGUAAGAUGUAAUAAAAUGUAACUAAAACAGUCA